AUGCACAAAAUCCUAGACGUUGGCUGCGGUCCAGGCUCAAUAAGCGUCUCACUAGCCAAACUCGUCCCAGGCGGCUCCGUCACGGGCGUAGAAUACAUUUCCGACCCGUUAUCUGGAGCACGCGCCCUCGCGCAAGCAGAAGGUGUGACAAACAUAACCUUCCAAGAAGGGGAUAUUCACGCCCUCCCAUUCAAAGAUGGAUCCUUUGACAUCGUGCACGCGCAUCAGGUGCUACAGCACAUUGCGGACCCUGUGCUGGCAUUGCGGGAGAUGAGGAGGGUUGUGAAGAGAGGUGGUAUUGUUUCUUGUCGGGAGUCUGCGGAGUUGAGUUGGUACCCUGAGAAUGAGGGUAUUGCCAAGUGGAGAGAGGUUACGGAAAGGAUGCAGCGGUCUAGUGGGGGACAUCCGCAUCCUGGAAGCAUGAUUCAUGUUUGGGCUUUUGAGGCUGGAUUUGGGAGGGAGAAUGUUAGGAGGAGUGCCGGGGCUUGGUGUUUUGGGGAUGAUGCGGAGAGGGCGUAUUGGGGUGGAUCUAUGGAGGGACGGGCUAGGGAGUCUGGGUUUGCGAAAAGGGUUGUUGAGGAGGGAUUUGCGGGGGUUGAGGAUUUGGAUGUUAUUGCGCAGGGGUGGAGGUCGUUUGUUGAUAAUAAGGAUGCUUGGUUUGGGUUGUUGCAUGGGGAGAUCUUGUGUUGGAAGUGA